AUGCCUUCACAACAAGUACCCUCCAGCGAGAACGAGGCAUCUAAUUCCGCACCAGCGCAGAUCCAGACACCCGUGGACUUGCAUCAGUGGCGUACUUUGCACCGACAAUCUUUUUUCGGUCUCAUUGAGACGUUGCAGAACAACCUACGAAUCUCGGACGACUCGUACCGCAUGGUCGGCGUCCGUUACCACAAAAUCAGCCCAAGCAUUCGUGAGUUCGCCGCGAUUGACGCAACCGCCAAGACAGAAAUCGCUGAAGCAUUUGAAUCAGCCAUCUCGCUAGACGAACUACACCUCUUCGAACCCUUCAGGCGUGCGCAAGAUGUUCUCAGACAUGCUCGAGCUGCAGGGAAUCCAAAUCUGGCCCUGGGCCUCACUGAAGAAGGGCUGAAUAUGGUAUUCCAAGGUCAAGCUCAGCAAGAAGAAUUCUCCGGUCGCAUUGACCGCUUGUCCAAUUGGGUAAAUGCCCUAGAAGAGACAGACAACGAAUGGGCGGGUAAUGACGCGGGGCAUGCGAUGGUUUUAGAGUAGCGCACAGGUGAGCCCCUAGCCCUCCGCGAUGAAGAGGUAGUCCAGAAGUGGGUUCGCUCUCUUCCGGAGACUUCCAAGCAACUCCAACUCGGGCGUCCUAUGAGCGAUAUCAUUAGGGACCUGUUCUCGAUUGGGGAUGGGUACAUCUCUGAAAAUUAUGAAGGCUGAGAAGCUCCUGUCUGUCACAUCAUUGCCCUAUCACAGCUAC